CAUGAGGCAACAAUCUGGCCUUAUCGCUGGUUAUCGCCAACAUGCACCUUGGCGCCUGCCGUGCUGCACACAGUCCUCCGCAAGCUGCGAGCUCGUUGCUCGUUGACAUCGUGUUCUGCGAUUUCCAGCCGAUGACGAGGUGCAGGUGACGCCGGCCAUCUCUCCCUCUUUCCUCCACGACGGGGGGACAACCCAACAAUUUCGUUCUUCUUUUUGAGCAGCACGGGCGCAGCGCCUCGGCCAAUUGCCCGCCAUGUACUCGACCGUCGUGCGCAUCCAAAACACGUUCGGCUUCUUCACCACCGUGGCCUUUGUGGUCGCCGCCUUGAUCGCUGCCACCGAUCUCCUUGCGCCGCGCACCCCCACCGUCGGCGUCCUCAAGACCACCAAUGUACAAGUGUACGGCCAAAUCCGCGUCCUCUCCUCCAGUGGCCCCCUUUCCUGGCGAGCAACUAACUCACCGUUGCCCCCCCUAUCCAGCGUCCGCGGCCGCCCGCACUACUACUCCUCCAAGAAGGAGGAAUACGCCAUAAUCAGGUUCUCGCUCGACGCGGAUCUCUCCUCGCUCUUCACCUGGAACACCAAGCAGCUCUUCGUCUACGUGACCGCCGAGUGGCCGUCGGCAGGCGGCUCCGGCUCCGGCCAGAACGCGACCAACCAGGCGGUCAUCUGGGACAGCAUCAUCACGGCGCCCAGCGCCGACCACCUGGCCAACCUGGGGCCGGUCGCCAUGAAGAAGCUGCGGCGCAGCGCAGCGGGCAAGAGCAUCGACCCUAGCCGCGGAAAACUCUCCAUCAAGAACCAGCGCCCCAAGUACCAGAUCACGCACCCGUCCGGCAAGGUGGCCGAGCAGGAGGACGUGGUGUUGCGUCUGCACUACAACGUGCAGCCGUGGGUGGGCUUCCUGACGUGGAACCAGGACGCGGAUUUCUGGAGGUGGAAGACGCUGAGGAACAACCUGAGCAAGAAGUUUGCAUUGCCCGCGAUCAAGAAGAAGGAUGAGCCGAAAUGAGCGGCAAA